AGAGAGAUGCAGUAUCAGCUGAGUCCAAGUGGGGAUUUCAAGACAUCUGCUCCAGUUCGAUCGUCUCAUGGCCAUCGCCGUUCAACCGAGUCAAAAAAAUCGGGAGGACAUGGAAAUCCAUAUUUGUCUACAGACAAAACGAAUCUGGAUAUCAGUGUAUCAUUUUUGACUUCGCAGGCCCAGAAGAAAAUGAGAGGAAUGUCGGCGAAUCAUGGAAUUUUCGACCCCACUGAGAUGCUGACUGCAGAUGAUCCCUCGAAUUAUGGAUACCAAUUCUUGAACCACGCCACAUUUUACAAUAACAUGGAUAUAAUGCAAGCAGCGUCUGGAGAUGUUCCUCCGUUAAUGAGUGUCAAUCCUUACAAACAAUCAUUUGACAUCAAUGAUGCUUCCGCGGCAAUGAACAUGGCUCAAUUUGCUCAUACGUUGAAUGCAAUUCAAAACAGUUCCUAUUCAAUGUCUCAUUAUAACCAAGCACCUAUGCAGCAUUUCAUUUCGCCCAACAGUUUUCAUGUAUCGUACAACCAGCGGUUCCCACAUAUUAAAAAGAAUGCAACGCACGCGAAUCGUAUGGUAGAAAUAAAGAAGAUCAACGGACACCGUUACAUGGAAGUGACCGAUCCCCAAGCCGUAUCUGCUCCACCAGAAUACAAACGCCUUGAUGGGUCACUAAUGGGCGUAUCAAAAAGUUGUUUGGAGGCCUCGAAAAAACGUCCGAUUUCAGCUGAACCGCUAUACUCCCGCAAGGUUUUUAUUGGCGGUCUUCCAAUCGACGUCUCAGAAGAGCAAGUUUGGGCCACGUUCGGAGCUUUCGGGAAGGUGCUGAUUGAUUGGCCUCGUCGCCCGGAGCACAAUGCAGAACGAGCUGAACAGGAAUUGAAAAAAGGAAGCGGUUCACGCGCUGUAACGGGAUAUGUUUUUCUCGUUUUCACUCACGAGCGGUCUGUCCAGGAGCUAGUCAAUGCAUGCGAGUUUUAUGAAGAUAAAUACUACCUUCAGUUGUCUUCUCCAACGAUGACCGACAAAGCAGUCCAAGUCCGGCCUUGGCGUCUUUCCGACAUUGACUACUUCUGUAAUGACAACUCUUCGGUCGAUCAUCGUCGCACUGUCUUCAUUGGUGGCGUUCCUCGUCCGACCCGUGCUCAAGAUCUUGCACGUUGUCUUGAAGGUCACUAUGGAAAAGUGUCGUAUGUGGGAAUUGAUAUUGAUCCAGAGUUGAAAUACCCAAAAGGAGCUGCCCGAGUCACUUUCUCAACUUCUCAAGCAUUUGUUCGCGCCAUAUCGGGUCGUUUCGUGCAGGUCAAUCAUGCCGAAAAUAACAAACGAGUUGAAAUCAAGCCGUAUGUGAUGGAAGAACAAUACUGUGAUGAGUGUGAAGGAAGAUUGUGCAAGCAUAACUAUGCUCCAUACUUCUGUGGACAUGCUUCCUGUCUUCAAUAUUACUGUGAAGGUUGUUGGGAUCGCAUGCAUAUUGGAAAGAAUGAAGAUAACAAGCUCGAAGAUCAGCAUUAUCCAAUGGUGCGCACUGGAGAUCAAACAAGACUUCUCAAGCAUCUUCCACAUCGCUCCUCUGGUUUUAAGCCUGCUCCAGUUUUCCAUCCAUCUAGCCAAUCUACUACGGCAAAAAUCUUAGCGUAUGGAGAUCAGUCACAGAGACAGUUUUCUGCCACUCCCUCCUAUAGUUUCUGAGACUCUUAUCUCACUAAAAAGUAUUCCACCGUUUUAUCCGCACCCUACCACCCCCUUUCAUAUUUUUAAAGUUUUGCCUUAAUAUUCCGAGAAUUCUGCUCAAUUUUGAAACUCUUCCUUUUCAAAAAGAAGUACCAUAUUUUCGUGUGAAUCUCUCCGUGCAACUCUACCAUUCCCCUAGAUUCCAUUGUAAACUUCAAGUAAUCAUGUUAAAUUUUCAUUAUGUAAUAUUCUCUUCAUGUUUUAUUUCUCGUCUCUUGACAUUUCCCCCAACAUGUUUCUAUAUUAUUAUCAAUCCCUGGUACCCUAUAUCUUGUGUAUUUAUGUACAUCCCAUUCUUAGCCUAUCCGAAUUGGCAGAAUUUUGUAAUUUCCUUUAGAAUUUUUUAUUUAUUGCCCGUAUCCCACAAAGUUCAUACUCGAUCAGAGAUAUAGCUUAGAUAGUUUGAAUUGUAGCUAUCAUUCAGAUUAAUUAUAUUAUUUAUUGUCACCCCGUGAUAUUUAGUCCCCCAUAUUUAACCCGUUUUUAAUUUUCCCGGUUUUAAAAUUGCUCCGAACAUUGGCUUUAUAAUUUUUUUGUGACGGAAGAAAUUUCCAAAUAAAGUUCUUUCACCAACAAA